GGAGGUAGGAGGCUUCUGUGACACAGAUUUUCAGCGCUGGUUCCCAAGGUUUCCAGUACUGAGGAGACUUCGCAAUUGGUUGAGAGCAGACAGACUUUUUGGCCAAUCAAACUCAGAGCUGAGGUGGGGGAUCUGCUCUUCCUGCCUGCCUCUCCUCCUCCAGCUCCCCAGCUCCACUCACAUUUAACUCCCUCCCCCCACCACCACCCCCGCCAUUUGGUGACUAAGAACUGCUGCAGGCAGGCAAACCUCCGAGCAGUUUUUAAGAGACUAGAAGGAGACAUAAGAGAUUUCAGCUUCUACAUUUCAAGUGGUGGGUCUACCUGGGAGACAGGACAGCACAGUUACUCUCCAGGAAAGGACUCCUGGGUCAUGGGGCACAAGACACCCCCACAGCUCGCUGGGAAAUGGCAAGUGCUGUGUAUGUUGUCCUUGUGCUGCUGGGGCUGGGUGUCUGGGCAGCUUCGUUAUUCAGUGGUGGAGGAGUCUGAGCCGGGGACGCUGGUGGGAAAUGUUGCUCAAGAUCUGGGCUUAAAGGUGACAGAUCUAUUGAGUCGCCGACUGCGGUUGGGCUCUGAGGAGAAUGGGCGUUAUUUUUCCCUGAGCUUGAUAAGCGGUGCUUUGGCAGUGAAUCAAAAGAUUGAUCGAGAGAGCCUGUGUGGAGCCAGCACCAGCUGCCUGCUCCCAGUGCAGGUGGUGACCGAACACCCCCUGGAGCUCAUCCGUGUAGAGGUAGAGAUCCUGGAUCUAAAUGACAACUCUCCGAGCUUUACCACUCCUGAGCGAGAGAUGCGUAUCUCAGAAUCAGCUGCACCUGGGGCUCGAUUCCCACUGGAUAGUGCCCAAGAUCCAGACGUGGGCACCAAUGCUGUGAGCUUUUACACGCUAAGCCCCAGCAGCCACUUCUCUCUGAACGUGAAGACCCUAAAAGAUGGGAAGCUGUUCCCAGAGCUGGUGCUAGAGCAACAGCUGGAUCGUGAAGCCCAGGCAAGACAUCAGCUGGUGCUCACUGCUGUGGAUGGGGGUACCCCAGCUCGCUCAGGGACCAGCCUUAUCUCUGUCAUCGUACUGGACAUCAAUGAUAAUGCUCCAACCUUCCAGUCUUCAGUUCUACGUGUGGGCCUCCCAGAGAAUGCACCCACAGGUACACUGCUACUCCGUCUCAAUGCCACUGAUCCAGAUGAGGGCACCAAUGGCCAACUAGACUAUUCUUUUGGAGACCAUACAUCUGAGGCAGUGCGGAAUCUCUUUGGCCUGGACCCUAGCAGUGGCGCAAUCCAUGUGUUCGGUCCAAUAGACUUUGAGGAGUCAAAUUUCUAUGAAAUCCAUGCAAGAGCCAGAGACCAGGGACAGCCAGCCAUGGAGGGCCACUGUGUGAUUCAAGUGGAUGUGGGGGAUGCCAAUGACAAUGCCCCUGAGGUGCUACUUGCCUCUUUGGUCAAUCCUGUCCUGGAGAGUACACCAGUGGGCACAGUAGUGGGGUUGUUUAAUGUUCGGGAUCGAGACUCAGGUAGAAAUGGUGAAGUGACCCUGGAUAUCUCUCCAGACCUGCCGUUUCAGAUUAAGCCUUCUGAGAACCACUACUCACUGCUAACCAGCCAGCCCUUGGACCGUGAGACCACAUCCCAUUAUAUCAUCGAGCUGCUGGCCAGCGAUGCUGGCUCACCUCCCCUGCAUACCCACCUUACCAUCAGGCUCAACAUCUCAGAUGUUAAUGACAACGCACCCCACUUUGCCCAGCAGCUCUACACUGCUUACAUCCCAGAAAAUCGGCCUCCAGGCUCUCUUCUCUGCACUGUGGCUGCCUCAGAUCCAGACACUGGGGCUAAUGCCCGCCUCACCUACUCCAUCAUAGGGAGUCAGAUUCAGGGAGCUCCAGCCUCCUCCUUUGUGUAUGUCAACCCUGAGGAUGGACGGGUCUUCGCCCAACGUACCUUUGACUAUGAAUUGCUGCAGAUGCUGCAGGUUGCGGUGGGAGUUCGAGACUCUGGCUCCCCACAACUGCAUGCUAACACAUCUCUACAUGUGUUUGUCCUUGACCAGAAUGAUAAUGCCCCUGCUGUGCUGCACCCAAGGCCAGGCAGGGAGCUGUCAGCCCCCCAGCGUCUCCCUCGCUCUGCUCCUGCUGGCUCCUUGGUCACCAAAGUGACAGCUGUGGAUGCUGAUGCAGGCCACAAUGCAUGGCUCUCUUAUUCCCUGUUGCCACAGUCCACAGCCCCAGGACUGUUCCUCGUAUCUGCACACACUGGUGAGGUGCGCACAGCCCGGGCCUUACUGGAGGAUGACUCUGAUACCCAACAGGUGGUGGUCCUAGUGAGGGACAAUGGUGACCCUUCACUCUCCUCUACUGCCACUGUGCUGCUUGUUCUGGAAGAUGAGAAUGCUGAGGAAAUGCCCAAAUCCAGUGACUUUCUCACACACCCUCCUGAGCGUUCCGACCUUACUCUUUACCUCAUUGUGGCUCUAGCAGCCAUCAGUCUCUUAUCCUUAGUCACCUUCACCAUUCUGUCAGCUAAGUGCCUUCGGGGGCACUCAGAUGGGGUUGGGGGUGGGGGCCAGUGCUGCAGGCGCCAGGACUCCCCCUCUGGGGAGUUCUAUAAGCAGUCUAGCCCUAACCUGCAGGUGAGCUCAGAUGGCACGCUCAAGUACAUGGAGGUGACGCUGCGGCCCACGGACUCACAGAGCCAUUGCUACAGGACGUGCUUUUCACCAGCCUCGGACGGCAGUGACUUCACUUUCCUGAGGCCCCUCAGCGUUCAGCAGCCUUCAGCUCUGGCGCUGGAGCCUGAUACCUUCCGUUCCCCCUCUAAUACGCUGCGGGAGCGGAGCCAGGUGAGGGCUGGGCGGCCACCACCCAGGGCGACCCCUGGGAGGCAGCGUAGGAGAAGCUGCCUGUCCAUUUAAGGGACUUUGAACUUGCAUCCACCCCUCUCUGGCUGGCGAUGCUGGCUGUGCUCUCGGGACCAUUUGAACUGACUUCGAGGAACCGAAGGAGUGGAGUGGUUGAGGCGGGGAUGGGGCUCUGAGCACUGGGAAGUGGUUUUUGAUUGUGGGUGAGGAGAGGUCAGUCCGACCCCACCCCCACAAUCAGAAAGGGCUGGGGCUCCGUAGAGCUUUCAGCGAAUUUCUAGCGAUUUCCGCAAGGGUCGGGGGUCCCAAGUAGAGGUCAUCACAGACCCUCCUAGGCGCCGGCCCCAGUAAGCCUCACAGGCCUUUAGGCUCUUGGGUUCUCCCCACUCCCACGAUCUGUGACUUCACAGUCAUCUUCAACUCUUCGUGUCCCGGUCCUCCUAACUGCUUCCGUUGACAGGACUCAGGUGAGCCACUGGGUUCACUUACAUCCUACCUGCGACCACACCCACGAGCCCCGUCCCGCUUGCGGGCUCGGCUCGCCUGACUGGCACACACGCAUACCAGCUCUCGCUGCCAGUCCAUGGCUGCCAGGUUCACGGGGCUAUCCCCUCCAUUGCCCCCAGGGGGUUGACUGUGAUGCCUUGGUAAGGGUCCCAAGUCUUCUGCUGCCCAGGGCCUGGGCAAGGAUUCAGAAUUCUUCCCCCACCAGGUUUGAGCCUUUCCGGCGGUUCCUAGAAGCAGGAGCGAUGCUGGGCCUUCUAGACGCGGGGCUUGUGGGACUCUACGACCCGCUAGCCAGCGGGUCCUGCUGGGCCUGGGGCUCCAUAGGAAGGAAGGUGGCACCUCAGCCCAGAAACAUCAGACACAUGGGCCAACUGAACCAGUGUAGUGAGCAGGCCUCCGUAAGACAAGUGGCCCUUUCCUCCCUACUCCCUAAGUGAGAGCCUGGAGCAUCCCAACUCUGGAUGCUCAGAAAUAGACUUUGGCUCUGUCCUGACCAGGAUGUGCCCAGCGACCCAGGGUCAGGGCUUUAGGGGU